GUGACAGAGUAAGCCGGGUGAGCUGCAGGGUUAGGGUAAAGAGAGGUAGUGUGCGAGGACUAUAGAGCAUAUGAACAGAGACAGGAGCCGUGGACUGACAGGGCUAUACUGAGACACUACUGACUACUGGAGUCUAUACUACAGGACUUACGGACACACUGCUGAAACUACUGGGCUGUUGACCUGAAACUGAAACUAAACAGCGUGAUGUACUGCGCUUCUUAUCCCGUCUCUACAGGGACCACCAGCAAUAACCUGCUGUAUUGCUAUAAUGUCAAAUCGGUCUAUACUCAAUCUCCAAAUCACGACGACCUCCUCAACUCUGACUCAUCCUCACACCCCUCCUCCAAAGCUCCCGGCAACGUGUUCGCAGGAACCUUUUUCAGUGAGCGACAGGGGAACAACAGUUCACCUGACAUGUGGAACCCCAAUGGAAUGAACCAGCCUGGAUACGGAGGCAUGGUGGGAGGGGCCUCAGCUCACCAAUCAGGAAGCUACAACAACAUGCAACCAGCACAUAAUCACCUGGACUAUUCUCCCCAUUCAGUCUCACCUGUAGAGGUGAACAGGGGUCUUCCUCCUAUGUCUACCUUCCACCAUAACAACCCUGCUGCAUCUCACACCCCGUCAGCCAACAGCUCAGAGAACACCACAGGAAACCACUCUACAGGAAGGUCACAGACUGGAGCAGCCCUGGGGAAAGCACUAGCUUCUAUUUAUUCUCCUGACCACACCAGUAGCAGUGAAAACUCCUCCACAUCAGACAGGUCUCCGUCUCCAUCUCCAUCUCCACACACAGGCUCUGGCCCCCCAGCUAACCCGUGGCACACAGGCUCUGCAACUGGCCCCACAGCUAACCCGUGGCACACAGGCUCUGCAACUGGCCCCACAGCUAACCCGCGGCACACAGGCUCUGCAACUGGCCCCACAGCUAACCCGUGGCACACAGGCUCUGCAACUGGCCCCACAGCUAACCCGUGGCACACAUCUGCUCAGGCCUCUCCUUCCCCCAGUUACCAGUGUUCUCCUAUAUCUCUGUCUCAGUUGGAGGAUCGUCUAGAUAGACUGGAUGACGUGGUCUAUGUUCUGCAUGACCAUGCGGUGGGACCCAUCCACAGCCUGCCCUCUGACAUCCACAGCCUGUUGAACCAGGCCAACCAUGGACACAUCCACAACACCCCUCUACCAGGGACACACCACAGACACAGAGCCACCACGGCACAUGGCACAGCCAUGGUAGACACUGUCAAUCUGAACAACAACUCCCACACUGCACUGCAGAGACGUUCACAGAAUCAAAAUGGCCACUCCUUCCCGGCAGGACUAGGUGGCUUGGAGCUGAAGUCGGAGGGUCUGGAGAGAGAUGAGCAGUAUGAGCUACAUCACAGCCAUCACAACCAGGGUCACAGACACAGACACAGCUCUGACACCCACAGCCAGCGCUCCGACGAGGAGAGCGAGUCCCACAAGACACAAGGAGAUAGCAUGACCAGCAGCAUCCAUGAGGAUGAGGACAACUUGAGCCCGGAGCAAAAGGCUGAGCGGGAACGAGAGCGGCGGAUGACCAACAACGCCCGCGAGCGCCUUCGUGUCCGUGACAUCAACGAAGCGUUCAAGGAGUUGGGUCACAUGACACAGCUGCACCUGAAGAGCGAGAAGCCCCAGACCAAGCUGCUGGUUCUUCACCAGGCCGUGGCUGUAAUACUUAGUCUAGAACAACAAGUCAGAGAGCGUAACCUGAACCCUAAGGCAGCCUGUCUGAGGAGGAGGGAGCAGGAGAAGAUGUUAGCUGGGUUAACAGAUGCCCAGGGCCUGCAGCAACACCAGGCAUCACUACAUCCUGGACUAGAUGCUGCCAAGCCCAUGGGACAUCUGUAAACAUUUGACAGUGGGGAGGAGGAUCAUCCUGAGACGGUUAAAGACCACCCAAGACCAUCCAAGACCAUCCAAGACCAUCCAAGGACAUCCAAGACGAUCAAGACCAUCCAAGGACAUCCAAGACCCUCCAAGGACAUCCAAGACCCUCCAAGGACAUCCAAGGACAUCCAAGACCACCCAAGACCAUCCAAGGACAUCCAAGACCACCCAAGACCAUCCAAGACCAUCCAAGACCCUCCAAGGACAUCCAAGACCACCCAAGACCAUCCAAGACCAUCCAAGAACAUCCAAGACCCUCCAAGGACAUCCAAGACCACCCAAGACCAUCCAAGGACAUCCAAGGACAUCCAAGACCACCCAAGACCAUCCAAGGACAUCCAAGACCACCCAAGGACAUUCAAUUGUUUCUCUGUAAAGUAAGCUAUGAGACCAAGUAGGGAAGAGACAGAAAAAGUGUUGUAGCAGCUCAAUAGUCACGAUAGGGACAUUUCCUGAUCCUCCUGUUGGAAUUUGACCUGUGCCUACACUUAUAACUUGUUACUGACAAAUGCAUUUUAACCAGCAAAUGUUUUGUAUGUUUUAUAUUUGUUGUACAGUGAAGAAAAAAAUAAUUCAGUGUUUAAUUCAUCUUUUUAUUAUAUUCUCCUAUGUCAGUAUUCAACCUCUUAGGGUGGUACAAGCUUAGCUGUACGCUCAUGUGUGCGCUUGGCCAAGUCAGAUUUUUUGGGAUCUAAGUGUGCUUUUUUGGUUAGGCUACAAAUGGACUAAUACUUAAUUGUUCAGAGAUUUUAUUGAAAAUAUUGAUUACUUUUUACUAGCUUUUUAUUGUUUAUCUUUUCUACAAUUACUAAUAAGUAAAUAUCUGAAAUACAGAUCUUUAAUUGUAAACUAAGUAAGUGUUUCUUCAGAAGUGUUUUUUUGUCACAUAUUUUACUAGACAUUGUAAAUAUUUAUCUUUAAUUCCCUGAGCAAUCCACAAUUUUCUGUAUAUUGGAGAGUUCCGGAAUGAGGGACGUCUUCGUAACACUUAUUACCUUCCAGUUAUGUACAGUUAUGUUGUCACCUAUGUCAUCUUCAGUAAAUGUUCACCAUAAAAUGUACAGUAAUGUGUACAGGAGUUCUGCUCAUAUAAUGAAAUAAAUGUUGUUGUUUUUUCAGA